AUUCUAUCACCUACUGUUACAUCAAGGCAAGAGAUCGAUCCCUGUUUCCUUAGUCUUAAUGACGUCAAUCCCAGGGGUGUACAAAACCAAGGUGUUAACUACCCUAGCUUGUUACUGGAAGAACAGUUACACGUCACUGUGCAGACUCCGAUAAAAAUCUGUACGAAAACAGCCUUGUUUAGUCUGAAACUGGAAGCGAAGCUAAGGGAACUGGCGACAGGGAUUUAGAAGGACAGGGUUAUUAUCUACUGGUCCAACAGACAAGUGACUAUAGACAGACUUUCAGUUUAGUUUUUAACUGCAGCUUCACAAGUUGCUUUCAGCUAGAAAUCGAAGCUCACCUCGAAGUCAUGAUGUCGACCUCGCUCACUGCAUGCCUGAUUUUGUCAAGUGCAGUAUUCUUUACGUCUCAUGCGUCAUCCUCUGCAAACAAAUCCGUGAAGAGCGUGACGCUGCAAGUUAAAGACGCUGAGCACCGCGUGACCAAUUCUGUUAAAUCCGGAGAGAAGGUUUAUCUGGAAAUAGCAUCCAUUGUCCGUAACGCUACCUCCAGCGUAAAAGUGAAAUCGUGCCAGGUUGGUCCAACAGUGGAAACCAUUGAUCUGAUCGGCGUCACCAUUCUGGAUUCUUACUGUGGGACCUCUACUAGAGGUGUCUUUAGCAGUACGUCUGGUUUUGAUGGGCUAACAGUGGACACAGCAGGGGCCGCGUGGGAUGUCGCCCGAUCUCCACUGUUUUCUGUGUUCACUUUUGCCGGCUACGAUUCCCUGUUCACACGAUGCCAGGUGGUUUUCUGUGUUCCCGGCAGGCAGGAGGCAUGCCUAACGACCAAUCAAUGCACGGCCGCCACCGAGAACAGGACGAGAGAUAUCCUAGCCGAGAGUGAGGCAAAUGAGACGGUACAUGAGGUGUAUGCGCUCGUCUCUGUUGCGCCUCAAAGUACUACCAGUGCGCCAUACCAUCCUUCAAGCCCUUUGGUACCACCUGCGACCAAACCUGCGACCGAGUCCGACCCAGCUUGGCUCACCACAGUGACAGACAUCUUGUUUUAUGUCCUUGUUGUGUGCUGGUUCUUGGCUCUGAUCAUCCCCGCCUUUGGCACUGCCAUCCUGAUGUCAAAACUGAAGGCGGACGAGGUCAAUGCUAAAUCACUGGGAGAGAAGGCCAAAAUACCCGAUGCGGAAUUUCAUAUAAUAUAAUAUAAUGGGUUAUGUUAUUAAAGGACACCGUAAAGCUGCAGCUGUUUUGGUCAUGGAUAUAGAGCACUUGUAAAUCGUGCAUGUGUCGGUGGAAUCGAUCCUGUACAAAGAGAGAUGAUUGAAAAUGUGUGACAUAUAGCUUAUAUUUAACAUAUAAUCCAAUUUUAGAAAUAAAGGACAAGCGAGGGACCAAAAUAGGACUCUUUCAGCUUGUUUUGCUGAUGUUAAAACAAUGAUUUGAUCAAAAUGACCUAUGUGAUAGUAAUUAAAAAAAUUCACCGCCAUCAGGCCAAGAAAGUUUCAAAUCUUGAAAGGUAUUACAAACGGGUUAUCAUUCCAAAAGCCAGGCCAUGUAGGCCUACUCGUCAUAUGCCCCUCGAAAACAAGUGUGAUUUUCAUCGUUGGCUUACAACAAUUUAUAUAUUCAUUUACGGACUUAUUAA